AUGGACCCAAGCAAAUAUGCCCAACUCAUUUUUGAGAAAGGUUCCAGGAUCCUGGGUCCCAUAGAUGUUGGGCCCACACUGGAGCUGCCCAGGUCACCACCCCAGACAGGACUUGGCUCCAGCAGUAGCCUGGGCACCCAAAGUGACACCAGGGCCUUUUCCAAACAGGUCCCCAGCAUGGGUCCCGCCACACCUGGGUACAGGCCUGUCCCCUUGUCCUCAGCCUCCACAGCCCCUGCAGGGAGAAGAGGGGGUCCUCCAUGUCCCUGCCAGUCUCCUCCAGGCCCAGCCAUUCUGGAAGCCGCACUCAGAAGAAGCAGAUGCUGUGCCCUUUCCUGCCCCCUAGCAUGGCACAGACAGAAGCCACGCCCUCUGCAGGGAAAGCAGGUGGUGCAACUGAAGGCUGUGUUCCCACACGGUGGAGGCUUUGUGCUGGCCUUUGAGUUCAUGCUGUCGGAUCUGGCCGAGGUGGUGCGCCAUGCCCAGAGGCCACUAGCGCAGGCACAGGUCAAGAGCUACUUGCAGAUGCUGCUCAAGGGCGUCGCCUUCUGCCAUGCCAACUACAUUGUACAUCGGGACCUGAAACCUGCCAACCUGCUCAUCAGCGCCUCAGGCCAGCUCAAGAUAGCGGACUUUGGCCUGGCUCGAGUCUUUUCCCCAGACGGCAGCCGCCUCUACACACACCAGGUGGCCACCAGGUGGUACCGAGCCCCCGAGCUCCUGUAUGGUGCCCGCCAGUAUGACCAGGGCGUCGAUCUGUGGUCUGUGGGCUGCAUCAUGGGGGAGCUGUUGAAUGGGUCCCCCCUUUUCCCGGGCAAGAACGAUAUUGAACAGCUUUGCUAUGUGCUUCGCAUCUUGGGCACCCCAAACCCUCAAGUCUGGCCGGAGCUCACUGAGCUGCCGGACUACAACAAGAUCUCCUUUAAGGAGCAGGUGCCCAUGCCCCUGGAGGAGGUGCUGCCCGACGUCUCUCCCCAGGCAUUGGAUCUGCUGGGUCAAUUCCUCCUCUACCCUCCUCGCCAGCACAUCGCAGCUUCCAAGGCUCUCCUCCAUCAGUACUUCUUCACAGCUCCCCUGCCUGCCCAUCCAUCUGAGCUGCCGAUUCCUCAGCGUCUAGGGGGACCUGCCCCCAAGGCCCAUCCAGGCCCACCCCACAUCCAUGACUUCCACGUGGACCGGCCUCUUGAGGAGUCGCUGUUGAACCCAGAGCUGAUUCGGCCCUUCAUCCUGGAGGGGUGAGAAGUUGGCCCUGGUCCCGUCUGCCUGCUCCUCAGGACCACUCAGUCCACCUGUUCCUCUGCCACCUGCCUGGCUUCACCCUCCAAGGCCUCCCCAUGGCCACAGUGGGCCCACACCACACCCUGCCCCUUAG